GUGAGCGAGUGUAGGCAUGGAUCGCAUGGAUGGAUGGAUGGAUGGAUGGAUGGAAGGCAGGCCUACGCUAGAUAGAGGGAUGACCACGUCGAGGACCACGAUCAGGACCACGACCAGCAUGGCCACCAGCAUGGGCAAGGCAUAAAAUCACGGGCAGUCAGUCCACCCGUAAGAUAGAACUCCAAGCACGACGCCAGCCAUUGACCUCCGCGCGUUUCUUGGACCCCUUGGACCCUAAUGCGGCAUCUCAUGAAAGCCAUCAUGUCAUAUGAAUGAAAGACGGUUACUAGUUGUCAGUGGUCAUUGAGGGAUGGAGUAAACACGGACGCUCCCUCCAAGUGUGUGGUGGGUGGGUCCUCCUGGCCGCCCCCGAGGCCAACACAGGCCAGACCCUAAGAAGGAAUAAGGAAGGAAUCGGGAAGGGCAGCUCAGUUACGCCUCAGUAUAUGAGCGCCAGUCAAGUGCGGGUAAGGGCCCAGCCUCCAUCCCACUCUUGCCUUCCUUUCAAAAGGGUGACAUCCCCGGGGGUGAGACUGUGGGCCGGGCUAUGAGCCGAAUGGAAGUGAGUGGACCCGCCCCCGGCCGCCAGCCAGGCUCUGUGUGGCCCACGCGGACCCAUUCGGCUCAGACGGUCUCGGCCGUGCCCGCUUCGACCCUGCCCCUGCCGACGGAAGACGAAGACGAUGAAGACGAGCCUCGCUUGCUGAUUGCCGAUGACGUGUUCGAGUCCUCACCCGCCAGCCCGCCUUCGCCCACCUCAUCGUCUCAUCCAUCAACCCGCGGCACCCUCCCCCCAAAAUCCUACAGUUUGGAUGAUCGCGGGUCAGUCCGCGGGGUCACGCCCUCGCGCAAUGAGGAAGCCAUUGAGAGCCUAUUGCUUUUGGGUCAAUGUCCGAUUAUCGGCCCUCCGCCGCUCAAAGAACGUUCGGUUUCCAUGAGCGGGGCCUGGCCUGAGCGGCGAUAUUCUUCGGGCAGUGGUGACUUCAGGCUCGAGUCCCGCUCCGAUCCGGGUGCCGCCCCGUCUCAAACCCACCCGGCUCAUCGGCUCGCUCCUUUGCCCAGUGUCAACCCGCCGGUGUCGCACCGCCGAAGUAGUAGUUUCUCGAGCGAGGGUACCCCUCGCGCCCCCGGUGGCGAUGAGCGCACCGCAGCCACCUAUUAUCAGCGAAUGCGCGAACGCAAUAACGAAGCCAGCAAACGAUGCCGUCUCAAACGUCGGCUGAAAGCCGAAUCGCUCGAGACUCAAGCUGACAUUCUCAACACCACCAAUCGAUACCUAAAACACCGGAUCCUGAAGCUGGAACGGGUUAGCCAACUGAUGAAAGAGGGGGUACUUCAAGCCAAAUCGGGAGCGUGCCAAUGCUCCGACAUCGUGGCUAAAGCCAAGCAGCUCCAAUUUGAAAUCCCCGAACCCCACGGAUUAAGCACUAGCGCCCUAAUCGAAAGUUCCCGAUCCUAUCGUAUUCAAAUCAUUGAUGUGGCACACAUUUUGCAUGGUAGCUCGGAAGAAGAUAUCACUUCCGUGGGCCUUGACCCUGCCCUCAGGACCCAUUCGGAGAUGCCACUGACCCCGCCCAAUAGUUCCAGCGAUUGUCAUCUUCAUCCCACUUCUCCCAAGGUAUCAGUGGGGGUCAUGUCCGAAAUCCAACGGUCGUCUGUCGCUCGAAUUCCCUCUGCCAGCUUAUCGUCGCCUGUGGUGUACUUGAAAUCCCCACCCAAUGCCAAACGUAUUCUGACAGACCCUAAAUGUCCGGCUCCAGAACCAACGCUGGCUAUGGACACGCCGCCCUUAUCAGCUCCUGUCAACUUGAUCAAAUUGAAUUCCAACACUACCUUGUCCUCGUCGGCCACGAUUACCCCUGUGCCCACGCAAUCCAAUGGCCCUAGCACGCCCACUAUCAUGCAAUUUCAAAAUCAGAUGCAAUCACUUCCUCAACAGCAGCAGCAGCAACAACAACAUCUGAUUUUGUUGUCGCCUCCGGCCAAGAAACGGCUUUCGUCCAAUUUUUCUUCUGGCAUCGAGGCCAUAAAAACCAGUGGAGAAGUCCAAAUCAAAUGUGAGCCCGAGAUCCAAAUCCUCGAGUGUGAAUCCAAGAGCGUUGGAACGGAUAACCAAUUUUCCAGUCACGAAACCGGCGUAGAUCCGACUCAAGUGUGUGUUGCAGCGGGUCACGAUCCAGGUCAAUGUCGAGGAGAAAUCAUUAAUUUGAACCGAUUAACCACUCACCUGGACCUGGUAACCUUGAAGCCGUCCCAGAAUUUGGGAUCCGCUGCUAUGGAGAGGGCCAUUCUUCGGAGCCGAUUGAAGAUUCCUUUUUUUAAAGCUGAUGAACAUCCCACGCUGAUUUGUGAAAAGCAUCGGUACGAUUUGGUUCACAAUCAGCCAGUGAAUGUUUGUGCCCACUGUUCCAAAAAACGCUCUAAGAAGCCGUCUUCACCUCAAGGAACGAUGUGGACCAUAACCUACAUCAUGUCCCUCCAACACGCCACACGAACAGGAAACACGUUACCCAUUGGAAUGGCUGUUUGUGGCAAUUGCAAGGACAAGCACUUAAAGGAGAUCGACUUUGGCGACAGUCGCCAACUCGAGGCAGAUGUCCAGGCAAGAACCGAGGCCGUCGGACCUUCGCUUUCUUCCAUCGUGUCCAAUGCUAGAGUCUCAAUCACUUCGGUCGUUCCGGAUUCCUAUGAGCUGUCCCGCAAAAGUCCUCUGAAGUUUUCGAUGACCUCGGCACCCAUCUCCAACUCGAGUGUGACCAUAUCAAGAGCAAAAACAUCGGGCAAUUCGAUAGAAAUCAAAUGUAUCGAACAAUUACCAAAGAGCCCCGUUCAAAGCCACAUAACCCUGCCUGUUCCACCCCCCAAAAACGCCCCAUUCGGAUCAACUUCAACCUCUCCCAUAAGUGCAACAACCUAUCCGACCAACUCUUCCUUGGACAGAAGCAGCCAUGAUACGACCGCCUCAAAUGAAAGCCACUUGGACAGUCCGGCAAUUAACAAAGCGAACAUUUUUGCCAAGAUUGUGAACUUAAACGAAGCCCUGAAGUCAAUCAAUCCUCAAUACAAACCAACGGGUUUCUCAAUCACCUCAAUAGAAUCUUGUUCACCCGCCAUUUUAGAGGAUGCCCUUCUGGCCACGGAGACAGCCGUAUCUACCAUUUUGUCUGUCAUUGCACCAGGGCAAGAGACGUACCUGUGGAAUGCUAUUAAACCCAAAUUGAAUGCCAAAUUCUUGGCCAGAGAUGAAUCCAACCUAAAUGCAAAGGCAGAUGAUCAAUGACGCUCGUCAGAUUUCUCGUUCCCAAUUUUGCCGAGAAUGCGUUUGUUGACGUCGAAUCUAAGAGCUUUACCGACAGUGGAUAAAAUUGACUUGCCACGACCUUCACUACCAUCACGAAAUUGUCGAAAUGGAAUGGGGUUGAAAUGCGGUUGUUCCAGAAACCUUUAUCUUCGUGGCGUUGCCAAGAGCCGUGCCAAACCCAAUAAUGAUUGAUUAAAUAUGAUCAUUUGUCGCCCAGUUUGUCGUGAUCCCUGAUCGUUGUUGAUAGCUCCAGUGUUCAAAUCUAUAGUUUAGAGAGAAACAGCCCGAUUGCAAUGAGACUGAAUUAUAAACACAUAUAUAUAUAUAGCCUUGUUA